AUGUGCACAGUGCAUUUAGUUAGAGUGGUGUCUGACGGUAAAGGCUUGUUCUUGACAUACACGGGAAAAUUAUACGAAGGCGAUUGGUUCAAAGGAUUUCGACACGGCUACGGUACCCUUAGUAAUAAAUUAUUAAACGGGACAUACAACCUAGAAUAUAGGGGAGAGUGGGUAAGAGGUAAACCAGAAGGUGCUGGCUGGAGGUACUACGAGAAUGGUAAUGUUUACUUUGGGUUUUGGAGACGAGGGCAACGGCACGGCUACGGCAAGAUGUGGUAUGCAGAUGGAACAUUUUACGUUGGCUAUUGGAAUAUGAGUAAGAAGGAAGGAUUGGGAAUGUUUGUUCAAGUUAAUGGUAACCGUUAUGAAGGCAACUGGCAUCAAGAUAUGAAAAACGGAAUCGGCCGUUUCUACCACCUUCACACUGGACAGUUGCAGGAAGGAUGCUGGCAGGACAACAUUUGUGUUAUGUCUAAGAUGUCAGAUAUAGAGAUUCGACAGUUUUGUUACUUUCCUUCCGAGUAUCCUAUACCACCUGAAACUUUACGAGAGUCAAAGAAAAUACUUGAGGACAGCGAGUUCUGGCUGAAACAACAGAUAGGGAACAUAGACAAUAAAUUAAAGUUUUGUAUUGAUAAAAUGUAA